AAAAAUGCUGACCUGGGCAUUGGCGUAUUCUGGCACAUAGACCAGUUGGGCGCGGGCCACAUCACGCUGCGGUGGGUCAAGGCUCACACCAGCUGGCCAGAGGCGGUCCGCCGCGGGAUGGCGCGGUUUGAGAGUUCGGGCAACCGCGAGGCCGACCGCUUCGCGAAGUUCGGCGCGAGGCUCCACCCGCAGCUGAACAUUGAGGUGUUGGAGCGGAGGUGGGCGACGUCCAAGGCUGCCGCCGCCCUGCUCCUGCGCCAUCACGGCGAG